AUGUCGUCCUCCUCGGGCGCAGGAGCGCCAGUUUUUUCAUAUGCACAGGCCGCAAAAGGCCUCACAUCAGCAUCUUCAACACAAUCGGCUUCGAGAAAUGAAGGCUCUGCCGCGUCUGACAAGGGUGUUAAAGAUCGGUCUUUGAUUGAAACGACUAAUACGACUUCCACGGUCAAGUCUCCCCAACCAAGAUCUGAAUCCGAGGACAAAUCAAACGGGGAGGGCGCUGCGUCUAAGUCCCCAAUACAGGCAGAGGGUCCUGCGGCAAAGUCAUCUGCUGAGGAUGCAGACAAAGAAGGCGCCACGCCGCAAACCCAACAUGUUGCGACACACAACAACGCCGAGAUCUCAACAGGGUCACAUGUCGGGACUCCCAAUCUUGCGCCAGCCCAAGAUCAACAGAAAGGUGACGCUGUCCCACAACUUCCGAAUGGAAGAUCAUUGUCUCCAGAGGAGCUGCCCGGCUCUACCUCAAGCGACAAGUCUAACCAGUCCGUCACUGAAAAGAAAUCCAGGGAUGGCGAAGAUGACUGGGAGAAGGUCUCAGUCCCUUCGGUGAGUGCCGAGGCACAAUACAAGGCCGCCCCUAUCCCGACUGUCAAUAUUUGGCAAGUGCGCAGAGAAGCUCAAGCGGCGAAGUUGAAGGGACUAGAACAGCAACGUGGUGUAGCUUCCAGUGCCCCUAUUCAACCACCAAAGCCCAGAUCUGGCAGUGAAGAUAUUAAACGAAAAUCUCUCAGCAAAGAAAGUGGCAGUUCGGAGAAAGAACGCAAGAGCGUUGAUAGCGCGAAACCUGUCCCCCGAAAAGAUACAUCGUCCGCUCGGUCCUCUCGGCCUGCAUCACAGCACGGCGAGAAGGUUGAUGUGCAUGCGCCACCGCCGGUGGAUGAUGCACAGUCAUGGCCAACGCCUGAAAAUUCGAAUGUUGACGAGCGUCGCAAAUCAGCUUCCCUCGAAAAGACGGAUAAGCUGGAUGGAAAACCCGGUUCCCAGAAAACUCACAGUAACAAAUGGGUUGCAGUUCCGUUUGUUCCCACAGCAAAGUUCGAAACGCAGCUUCCGCCAGCUGCGGCGCGACGAGGCGGCAGAGGAGGCGGAAGAGGACGAGAUAUUGGUGGUCGUGGGGGUGGCCAUGCAGGUUCCGCUGCGGAAAAGCAAGAUGGAACAACGUCCAUGGGCCCACCUCCUCUACCCAGGCAGUCUGGCGAACAAGACCGGGGUCGAAGAUCUGAAGGCGAGCGUGGUCCACGCGGUGCCUCCGUUCCUAAUACCAGCACUCGACCUACAAGCGGUGAGGACGCAAAUCCCACGUUCUGGAAGUCUUCCGCAUCUUACGUCAAGGAUCAAUCAGCAUCCGAAAACGCCCCGGCCGACCCAACGGCACCUCAGCAUACUGUCGACGAGCAGGCUCCAAGAACUGAUCACAGCUCCAGGUCUUCCUCAAGACAUACCGGGAACGUUGGUGGUCGGAUGACUAACGGAGAUGGGACUACCUCGAUCGAACAAGGGAUCAGCAGUCACAGUCAGACGAACGAACCCAUCGCUCGCUAUUCGUACGGCUUCGACCGAUACAAAGGGUCUGGGACAGGUGGAUCCCGAGCCACUGGCGAAUUCGGCAGAGAUCGUGGUUCUGGCAGGAACCGAGACUGGUCCAGGGACAAACCUGAUUCGGCUCGCGAGAAGGUCGAGUCCUGGCGGGACCGUGAGCCGUCGGGUGAUCAGAGCAAUCGACGUGAGCCUCGAUCUGAGCGUGGACGUGGCUAUCGCGGCCGGGGCAACAACAGCUAUAACACAACAUUUACCGCGUCCCAUGCUUAUACGUCACCUCUCCCGCAAAAUGGAUUCGAACCGCCGUCCAGAGCUAAUUCACACACUGAGACUCGUGCGAGGCAAGCUUCGCAGCCAUUUGUACCAAGUCAGACCUCCAACUCUACUCGCACGAACCCGCGUUCGCAGUCGAUUCCUGUCGGCAUGAUGUUUCAAGGGUACUACAAUGGCAUGCCGGCCAUGCCACAAGGUCUGCCGUCCAUUCAGACAGACAUGUCAAUGUAUGGGUAUCCCUCGCAAAUGCAGAUGCAACCGAGUAUCAUGAGUGCAAUGCCGUACAAUGAUCCAUUGAACUCGUACGCCUUGCUGUCAAUGGUCAUGACUCAGAUCGAGUACUAUUUCUCAAUUGACAACCUCUGCAAGGAUCUGUUUCUGAGAAAGCAUAUGGAUGGUCAAGGUUACGUCCCGCUAAGCGUCAUCGCUAAUUUCAAGCGUAUCAAGACUCUCACUGAGGAUAACAUGACCAUGGACAACCUUCGCUAUGUCUGUCAGCAGGUGAAGAGUGUGGAAUUCCUGCCGGGAACCGAUGGGGAUGACCGACUCCGUCGUCGCGAAGGCUGGCGUGAUUUCGUUCUUCCCGUAGAGGAGAGAUUUGAAUCAGCCCGCAACGAAGGACCCUUACAUAACCCGGAAUCUUACAGUCACCCGGCGCAAGCGGACCAGGUUGGUCUUUAUGAUGCAUCUUUUGCCUUCGGUCAAUUGCGCAGUCCGCAGCUGGCCGUCGGUCCCAGCAAUGGAACGUUUCACGCAAAUUCGCCGAUGUCUUAUGUUCCUGGGUUGCCGACAGAGAACCCGAUUUCUGGACAGCUACUUGUCCGUCCAUCUGAAGAUGGUUCUAGUGAUGAAACUGAGAGGCCUUCGAUGGUGUCUUACCAGCAUGUUGCUCCGGCUGCUAUGCGAUCUCCCCCACAGCACGCUUCGGAGCCACUGAGCAACAUUGUGAAUGGUCAUCAUCGACAAAGUUCUCGCGCUGACAUUGAGGACAACAUUUUCCCGGACGAGCAGAUCCCGAAUGUCAACAUCCGAAUGCAACCAACCGCUCUCAGCGGGGCAGCGCCGUCUUUUCCCGGUAUCGAUCGCGUCCCUUCGGCCGGAUCUUCUGGUGGACAGAAUGAAGGCAACAAUGUGCCUCUGGACCUAAGUCAAGCUCGUCUCCCGAGUCUGCGCGGCGGAGCGAGCAGUCCACAGCAGCUCGAGCAAUACCGCAGCUUGUCUUUUGGGGGCCCAUACACAAUUCCCACGGGCGAUGAAAACAUUAUCUACUUCACCAAGGAUGGUCAAGAGACGCAACUGCCGCCUCCACAACCAGGACAGUUUGACCAGACCUAUUUGUCACUGCAUGACAUGGCCUUCCAGCAGCGCCAGAUAGGGGUCGAAGGAGCUCUAGAGCCGCUUUACAAUUUUUGGACCGAUUUUCUUGUCGACAAGUUCAAUGUCGGCAUGUACCAGGAAUUCAAAACGACCGCGGUCGGCGAUUUAGAUGAAGGCAGUGAUAGCGGCAUGUCGCAUCUUGUGCGCUAUUUUGGCAAGCUCUUAUCCGCACCUGUUCCGAUCAGUGAACGUCUUGCUUCCGACAUGAUCGCUCUUUAUCGAGACGAAAAACCCGAUAAGCGUCCCAUCUUCCAAACCUUGCGAGCUGCUUGGCGCAACGGAGCUACAAACAUGAAGACUAUCAAACGACUCGGCGACAUUCUCACUGCUGAGGAAAAGGCCGAACUCGACAAGAGCGGCUAG